AUGCCACCGGCUGUUACCAGCGCACAGGCUGCGCCUCCUGUGGCAAACCGACGUGAUUCUAUCCCCUGCUCGCAUACGAACGGACACAUGGAGGCAUCACCGCCGCACGGUCAUCAGAAACUCGUAUUCACUGAUCCUGUAGCCCUUCGGUAUCUGGAGGAGGACCCUGCGACAGUUGUGCUGCAUCGACGCCUCAUCCUGGAGGGUUACGAGAUAUACAUCGUUGAGCAAUGGGCUUGUUCAAGGGUACACCCAACAUUUGUGAUUACGACUUACACGGGCGAUCCUUCGCACAAGGUCUUGGUGGGAGUCCUCAGCGUCCCAACUGACGAAAACACCUGGUCUCCGCGUUUGAAACUGUACUUCAACGCCGUCACGCAAUGUCAAGCACGAACGAAAGACACACCUCUGGGCACUGUCAUGGUAACUGACCUGAGCUCGUUUCCGUCUGCGCUGACGGUCAUCCCAGUCCCCGACGGUGACAUACUCCGACACAAGGAGGAUUUUAUCGUCAAUGAGAACCUGAAACGGCUCUCCUGCGCCGGCCGGGCCGGCUUAAAGCUACAGCCUCCUUCACCUGCGACCGUGGCAAAGUUUUAUCAACUCUAUCGGACGAGCGAGCGAGUACCUGUGUAUAGUGCUGUAAUAGAGCUCGUCAAACAAUGCCAGAUCGCGCUGACAAUGUUUGGCCUCUUGGCACCUGAAUACGUGGAUGGGCUGCUCUGCGAUGUCACCGAGACCGCGAUCAAUGAUUGGUGGACCGAGUUUGGGAUCGAUUUGUACAACAUAGAACCAAGUGACGGCGUAUUAGGACCGACAACUGUAGCUGCGUUGCUGGGUACAUUCAUGGGAGCUCGAAAUCGACUUCAUGCCUUCGGUGCCCCGGUAGCGAAAGACGCCUUCGAUAUACGCAGUCUCAAAAGGGCAAUCGAGAGCUUUCAAAAGUCACAGAAGAUGGAACGGACACGCAGACUGGACCGCCAAACUCUCGACCGGCUUCACCGUGUAACUGCCAAGGCGGCGAAUGCAGAAGGCUGGACGGACGCUGUCAAGUCAACGAUGGCCGAAUUGAGCGGACAUGGGGGUGAGAUGGUCAUGGGUAUGGUACGGGGUCGUGAAAAGGGUGGCAUCGCCGAUAUUGAGACCCUGGAGCUGGACAAUUUCGCAUCGCUAGUUACCGGUGAGAGAGCAAAGUGGCUGUGGAGGGGGAAGCCACGUAAGGGUGGGCUGGGUGAUGGCUUCGCUCAUGAUCAGCCUGCUGCAGACAUGAUGUUCAACAGGGAUGAACAGGGCAACUAUGUGUGGACAAGCAGGAAACGCCAUUCGCACGAAGAUCUGGCUGGUGACCGAUCCUUGCAAGGCUCAGACCGUCCGUGGAGGCAGCCUGAAACGGGGGCCGCACCGGACGAAAAGGAUCAGAACCUCAGUCGCAUUGUUCGGAGGGGUGUUAGUGGCAAGGUGUCGGACGCACGAAUCGGAUUUGGAAGGUUCAAAGAAGCAGUUGGACUGCCCAGCCUUCGAUCCCAGCACCACAAGCAGACGAAAGACGGGGCGGAGUUGAUGGGUGAUGCGGCUUACAUGCCGGCUAUCGAAAGCGAUGCGGAGAUGCCUGUGCUAAAGACAGAGGCUGAUGUUCACCUGACGGAUCAGGAAAGUAUUUCUGAGCCUCACGACCAGACACAGUUUGACGCAGCAAAGGCAGAGCCAGCAGCGAGUACUGGUGGUCCGACAGUCUCCGAAUCGAAACCUCCAAAAAUCACUGUUGAUUCUCCGCGAGAUAAUGAGGAGACUGAUUCAGCACGAAAACCCUCGACAAGUCAGCUGGAAGAGGACGAGUCAGAUCUAGGGCGAUCCAGGACGCGAUCGACCGAUGCAUCUGUUAGUCAGGACGAACUCUCUCGAUUCGAUCUGAUGUUAUUGCGCCGACCGCAGAGUUGCAUAGAGUCCACCACGACAGAUGACUCCGAACGUAGAAGCAAUGGUUGGCCUCGCCACCUGUCCUUCAGUAUCGUUGAAGACGUCGUACUUGGCUGGGAGAGCCUGGGAGGCCGAGAAGCAUUGCAGCCUAAGCCAGAUGCCACUCUAGAGCAAGCCGUUGCGCUUGAGGAUACGCUGGCCUCUGAUGUACCAAUGUUUAGUUCCAAAAUCGAGGAGCUGAGCCAUCACACUGUUCCUUGGGUGGAAAGACAAGUGAACUCGGUGGACGAAUUGAACCGGAAGCUCUAUGAGUCACACGAGAACAUCAGCUCGAUCUACCUAGACCAGGCUGAGAAAUAUCAGCAAAUGAGGGAACGCUCCAGUGAGUUGUUGACCGAGGAGCACACCUACCUUGUCGAUACCAUGAAACGCGUCGAGAUGAUGGGAGCCAAGCUGGAUUAUGAGCUCAAUGUCCUCGAGUCAAAAGUCGAGGAUGUGGAGAGCGGCCUCGGGGAAUUUGAGCGGCAUGUGCUGGAGCUUGAAACAAGAAUGAAAGGACUGAUAAAGAACGAGGAAGAGAAGCAGAGCAAUUCAUGGUUGUCGCGGUUGGCAAGAUUUGUUGGAAUGUCUUCUACGUGA